CAAUGAUGACAAUGACCGGUGAUGGUGAGGAUGAUGAUGACGAUGACCACGUGACCAUGACCAGUGACCAUGACCAUGACCAAUGAUGACCAUGACCAGCAAUGGUGAGGGUGACAAUGACUGACAGUGACAGUGAUGAUGACGAUGACACCGAUGACAUCACUGAUGGUGAUGAUGAUGACACCAAUGACAUCACCAAACGACAUCACCUAUGAUGACAACGCUGAUGAUGUCACCAAUGAUGCCACCGAAUGACAUCACCAAUUACGAUGACACUGAUGACGUCACAAAUGACAAUGACACCGAUGACAUCACCAAUGAUGCCACCAAAUGACAUCACCAAUUACGAUGACACCAAUGGCAUCACUGAUGAUGACUAAUGACAUCACCAAUGACAAAACCAAUGACUGACACCAACGGCAUCACCGAUGAUGAUGAUAUUGAUGACAUCACCAAUGACAUCACCGAUGAUGAUGACACCGAUGACAUAACCGAUGAUGAUGAUACCAAUGACAUCACCAAUGACAUCACCGAUGAUGAUGAUAUCGAUGACAUCACCAAUGGCAUCACCGAUGAUGAUGAUAUUGAUGACAUCACCAAUGACAUCACCGAUGAUGAUGAUAUUGAUGACAUCACCAAUGGCAUCACCGAUGAUGAUAUCCAUGACAUCACCAAUGACAUCACCGAUGAUGAUGAUGACACCAAUGACAUCACCGAUGAUGAUGAUAUCGAUGACAUCACCAUUGGCAUCACCGAUGAUGACACCAAUGGCAUCACCGAUGAUGAUAUCGAUGACAUCACCAAUGGCAUCACCGAUUAUGAUGAUGACACCGAUGACAUCACCGAUGAUGAUGAUACCGAUGACAUCACCAAUGACAUCACUGAUGAUGAUGAUAUCGAUGACAUCACCAUUGGCAUCACCGAUGAUGACACCAAUGACAUCACCGAUGAUGAUAUCGAUGACAUCACCAAUGACAUCACCAAUGGAUGAUGAUGACGACGCCGAUGACGUCACCGCCGGCGCCCCGCCGCCGGGCCAGGCCCCUCCCCCAUCCCGUGCAUGUUUCUUGAAAUCAUUCCCGCCCUUUUCUCCCCAAAAUCCGCCCCCGAUCCGAAGGCUCCGCUUGACUCAAGCCCUUCGUUAAUUAAUUAACCCUGAACCCAUUAAUUAACAGCAAACCUCAGGCAGCUCCCGGGGUUUCCCUUCCCGGUGUCCGUCCGGAUUAUCCCGGGAAUUUCCCGGCGCCGUCGCUUGGACUUCCAGAAAAAAAAUAUCCACCGGAUUUUUGGGGUGAAUUCCCGGGAAAAAUCAGGAUAAAACCACCGGAAUUCCGCUCUCCCGCCCUUCCGGGGCCGCGGGGUUUCAGUUUGGGGUGAGAAAAGUCGGAUUUGGGACGGUUUUGGGGGUUUUUUUUUUCCGAGAUUUUUCGGUUUUGUCGUUUUUGCUUCCGUUGGGUGGGAAAAGAAAAAGAAAACCAGGAAAAAUCCUGAAAAUCCCAAAAAUCCCAGCUUGGAUCCGUGCAA